UGGUGAAGCAAAGAGGCCGGCCGAGCACCUGUUGUGUUCCAUACACAGGUGCAUCUUUUUCUGCAGCGAUUGCUUUUUUACCUAUAGUGUAGUGUUUUGUUCGGAUCGGAAUAACACACUUCUUUUUCACGCUUCUAAUGAGCGCGUGAAUAUUGCGAAUGCACACGCGGCCAGUCUGACUCGGAUUCGACGGACGACAUUUGCGGUGAAUUGACGUAUUUUGCAGUUUCCCAACGCAGAUACUUUUAAUAUGGCAUGAUGGCUUCACACUACCACGGGCUGAGCCAGCACAUCACCUUUGAACAACUGCCCGACCCUUCGACCAGGUUCCAGUUGGAACAGGUGAUCGGAGAGGGCACCUAUGGCGAAGUCUUCUGCGCCAAGGAUCUCGACUCGGGCCAGCGGGUGGCCGUCAAGGUGCUCGAAAAUGUGGCCGACAACGUCGAGGAGAUUGAGGAGGAGUACCUGGUGCUCCGCGACCUCAGUCUGCACCCCAACAUCCCGCUCUUCCACGGCCUCUUCCUCAAAAGGGGCGCCACCCCUGAUGACGACCAACUGUGGUUCGCCAUGGAGCUGUGCGGCGGUGGUUCAGUGACUGACCUGGUGCAGGGCCUCAAGAAAAGAGGCCAAGCACUCACCACAGACCAGAUCGGAUACAUCCUUCACGAGACAGUCCAGGCUUUGCUGUACCUGCAUCAACACCAUUGCAUGCACAGAGAUGUAAAGGGUCACAACAUCCUGUUGACCAACGAGGCGUGCGUAAAAUUGGUCGACUUCGGCGUCUCCUCUCACCUGGGGGCCACCCUAGGCAGGAGGAGCACUUCUGUUGGUACUCCAUACUGGAUGGCACCAGAGGUCAUCGCAUGCGAGCAACAACUGGACGCUAGUUACGACGCUCGUUGUGACGUGUGGUCUUUAGGAGUCACGGCCAUUGAAUUGGCCGAGGGUGAUCCACCCCUUUCAGAGCUUCAUCCUAUGAGAGCUCUUUUCCAGAUUCCGAGGAAUCCGCCACCAGGUUUGCAGCACCCUGAGCAUUGGCACCCUGACUUGGCAGACUUCAUCUCCGAGAGCUUGAUCAAGGAUUUGGAGCAGAGACCGUUUGCCCGCGAACUUUUGGAACACCCCCUCAUCAAAAGGGGUGCGAUCUCCUCUUCACAGUCUCGCCACCAAUUGAAAGAGGAGAUUGACAAGCAGCGUGCUGAGGGCCGCGUAAUUCGCCAGCCCGAGGUCACGACCAAGCACGGAAAACUUAAAUCUGACCGCAAGUCUCGUCCCCAACAAAUGUAUAUGGAUGAUUUGGCCGCGUUGGACAAUCUGUCUGAGGACACCAUUGUCCAACAGCUGGAGAAGCGAUUCGACCAGCGCCAGAUUUACACCUACAUUGGAGAUAUCCUCGUCGCGGUCAACCCCUUUAAUGAACUCGGUCUCUACACCGAAAAGGAACAACGUCGUUACCGCGGCCAGGCGAGAUCAGAAAACCCACCACACAUUUUUGCGGUGGCCGAUGCGGCUUACCAAGCCCUUCUGCACCAGCGCCAAAACCAAGCCAUCGUCAUCAGUGGCGAGAGUGGCGCUGGCAAAACGGAGAGUGCAAAUUUGCUUUUGAAGCAGCUUGUCUUCCUUGGAAAGGCGCCAAACCGCAACCUGGAAGACCGAAUUCUUCAGGUUAAUCCUAUUAUGGAGGCUUUCGGAAAUGCCCAGACAGGAAUAAACGACAACUCCUCUCGGUUCGGCAAAUACCUGGACCUGACAAUGACCAAUAGUGGAAAAGUCACCGGAGCCAGAAUUUCCGUCUACCUCCUUGAGCAGUCCAGAGUGGUUCAACAGGCAACUGGCGAACGCAACUUCCACGUUUUCUACUACCUGUACGACGGUCUCGAGUGGGACGGACGCAUGAAGCGCUUCCACCUGGAUGUCCACCUGAGGGGCAGACACCGGUACCUGGCCGGCGACCGCCAAGACAAGGCCACCAAACAGAUCAACAUUGGUCGAUUCCAGCAGCUGAAGGAAGGAUUCAAGUUGCUCGGCUUCAAGGAGGAAGAGGUGGACGCCGUCUAUUGCAUUUUGGCCGCCAUCCUCCACCUGGGCGAUCUCGAAUUUGGAGAAAUCGCGUCCGACGACAACACUGACAAGAGCAGGGUCAUGGACCUCGCACCUCUCCAUAGAGUGUGUGCCCUUCUUGGAGUUGAGGCGUGCGACCUUCUGGAGGCGCUGACCUCCAACAGCGUGGUUACCAGGGGUGAAACUAUUACUAGAAAUAACACAGUCGCUGAGGCAAAUGCGGCCAGAGACGCGAUGGCCAAGGGUCUUUAUGGAAGGCUUUUCGACUGGAUAGUUAAUCAAAUUAACCGGUUGCUUGCCCUAAAUAGAUAUACAUGCAAAGAGCCUCUGGCCAUUGGUCUUUUGGAUAUUUUCGGGUUCGAGAACUUCUCCAAGAAUUCGUUUGAACAGCUCUGCAUUAAUGUUGCAAAUGAGCAAAUUCAGUAUUACUUUAAUCAACACAUUUUCACGUGGGAGCAACAGGAAUACAUGGCUGAGGGUAUUCCGGUGGAUCUCGUAGAGUUUUCAGACAAUAGGCCUGUCCUGGACAUGCUCCUUUCAAGGCCUAUGGGACUUUUGGCUCUUUUAGACGAGGAGAGCAGAUUCCCUCGAUCCAGUGAUUCUUCUCUUGUUUCCAAAUUCCACAACAAUGUGAAAAGUAAGUUCUAUGUGCGGCCAAAAAGCAACGCCCUGUGCUUUGCCAUUCACCACUACGCCGGCCGAGUGGUGUACCAGGCCGAAGGGUUCCUAGAAAAGAACAAAAACUUCCUUCCACCUGAAGUGAUUCAGCUGCUGCGCCAGAGCGAGGUGGACACGGUGCGCUUCCUCUUCCAAUGUCCGCUUACUAAGACGGGAAAUCUUUACUCAUCGGUCACUGGUCCUCCACCCUCUGGAGAAUUAAAUAACAACGCCAGGAACUUGACCCCUCCUGACCUGCCUUAUUCUGAUCACCACAACUCCAGAGAAAAAUUCAGCAGUCGAGGAUUGGCGUCUCAGUCCAGAGCACAGCAAACUGUGGCCACUUAUUUCAGAUAUUCACUCAUGGAUCUCCUUCAAAAAAUGGUGAGUGGCUAUCCACAAUUUGUCCGCUGCGUCAAGCCAAAUGACAGCCGCCGUCCUGGUGUGUUCGAUCGGGAAAAGAUCCUGAAGCAGCUGCGCUACACAGGCGUCAUGGAGACCAUCAGGAUCAGACAGCACGGCUUCUCCCAUCGUCUCACCUUCAGUGAAUUCCUGCGGAGGUACUACUUUUUGGCGUUCGGCUAUGACGAGCGCGUCGUCGCCAAUAGGGACACUUGCCGUCUUCUUCUGUUGAGACUUAAGUUGGACGGAUGGGCCCUGGGAAAGACCAAAGUUUUCCUCAAGUACUACCACGUCGAGUACCUCUCCAAGAUGUACGAGGAGCAGCUUCGGAAAAUCGUGUUGGUGCAAUCUUGCAUUCGCAGGUGGCUGGCUAAAAUUCGUUAUGACAAGAACAAGUGGAAGGUUGCCGCCAGUGUUCUUGUUUUGCAGAAGUACCUUAGAGGCUGGAAGGCCCGCAGAGAGGCUAAGAUGCUCAGAGAGGAGCGGAACAGGAAGAGGAGGGAAGAACUUCGAGAGCAAGUUCGAAGAGCCUCACAAGGCAGUCCGACAAAAGCAGCUGGUGCUUGGAUUCAAAACAAGUUGCUUUCGGUUAUGUCUCACGGUGACAAUGAGAAGGAGAACAAAAAGAAAGGGUCUAGCAAGAAGGACGAGGCUGCCACAGUCAUUCAAAGUCAUUAUCGAGGUUACACUGUUCGUCGCAAGUGGAGCGCCGAGGCCGAAGGUCGCGUGCGCAGAGUGCUCGCCUCCCACAACAACCCUAGGGACGCCCUGGUCGCCCUGCAGGAAGAGGGCCUGGACCACGAGGAAGCUGCCGAACUGGUGACGCGCCACUACCAUGGUUGGCGCCAACAGAAAUACCCGGCGCCUCCUCCACCACCUGCCUACCCUAAGGGCCAGCAGAAGAAAAACAAGGACCGGCAGGCUGAGCUGAUCGCGUUUUCGCAAAACGUUCACAUGGUCAACCAGGACGCCCACAAGUUCCUCCGAAGAAACAAACCCGGUGUUCGUCUCCAAGAGGUGACAGAACCCCCUGUUUCGUACCAAAGGCCACGUGGCUUCAACCUGAUUCCACACUUGAUCAACAAAGCAGACAACAGCGUCAAAAACAAGCAGAACAACCAUCUAUCCUACUACAACGCUCUCAAACAGGAAAUGAACAGAGCCUCCCCGGAGGAGGAGGAUAAAGAGGAGGAGGACGACGUUGACUGCUGGGAUGGACCCCUUCUGCAGCUGCAGCAGAAACUUAGGCCUAAGGCCAGAGGUCAGCCUGACGGAGUGGAUCUGCAGAAGCAGAGGCGCGAGAUGAUCGCGGCCAGUCAGUCACAGGCGCGUCUCAACGAGCGCAGAGAGUCCAACAUCCUCUCGGCUUGGCACAGUGCGCUUCCAGGCGAUAAAACCGACCGAGUGAAGCAUAUCGGCAAGCAGGUCAUCGACUCCGCCCUUAACCAAAGAAUCAAGGAGUUGCACCGACAGGACAGCAACAAUAGCCUGAUUCAAGUGGGCAACAGCUACGUAACUGACCCUCCAACAAUGAACAACAACAGGCAUACGCAGGCAAUGCAGUUCAGUCCUGCAUCCGAUCUCAGGAGGCUCCUCCGUCAAGGGGACAACACGCCAUCUUACCACGAAUCGGGAAGUGACGACAUCGGCCCAUACAAUUUCAAGCAACUUUUGCGGCCGACGGAAUACGCGCCGACCGAGUCACUGCGGAAACGCAAGGGUUUGGCGCACCUGAACCAAACAAGCCUUGAUGACGAGCCUGUCAUGCGGGCGCCGUCCAGUAAAAAUCCACAGGACUCGCCGACGAAACGCAGAGCUCGGCCGCCUGUUGACAUCCUUCGCCGGAAGUACUAGAGGCCAAUUUUCAUCAAAAUUCAUUAUGAUUUCAAAUCGAGAGUACCUUUUACCAAAAACGGUGUAAUUAAAAUCACUUUUUUAUGUUAGUUAACCACUAUUGUAGUCACACCAAUUGUUAAUGUAAGCUAACCCUAAACCAGUGCCGCCAGUUCCUUUUAAUUCAAAGAUUGAAUAAAAUUAAUGCUUCAACUUUUGCCUGAUUAAGAAGAAUUCAAAUUAAGAGGCUAGUCCUGUUGAAGAUAUGUGUUGUUGAAAACAAACUUGUUAAGUUUUAGUUGGUUUUUUUUAUUUAAUGAGUGUGAAGUUUUAAAGAUCAGUUUAUCAUUACUGGAUGUUAAAGAAGCUUAUAAUUUUUAUUAAAUGUGUGCAUGGAAAAGUGUUAAUGGGUGUGCAGCUUUGUAGCACUUUUUAUGGAGUAAAUUAUUGAUUAAUUCGGAGAUAUCCAAUGAGAGAAAAUAAUCAAAGUCAAGAGCGAUGAAGUUUUCAUGAUAUACCAUUCUAAAAGUGAUGCUAGAAUAAAUUUGUAACAAUAAAAAAGUCUUAAAUUUAGUGCAAUAUUACU